GGAAGUGCAAGCAAGCCAGCGCUCUGUGGCCAUAAUUGCUGAGAUGAUCCACACGGCUAGCCUAGUUCAUGAUGAUGUUAUUGAUGAUGCAAAUUCUCGUAGAGGAAAAAUGACAGUCAAUCAAAUCUGGGGAGAGAGGAAGGCUGUUCUAGCUGGUGACUUCAUCCUCUCAGCUGCUUCCGUAGCUUUAGCACGAAUUGGAAACACUACUAUCAUCUCUGUUCUAACUCAGGUGAUUGAAGAUCUGGUGCGUGGUGAAUUCCUCCAGCUGGGUUCCAAGGAAAAUGAGAAUGAGAGAUUUGCUCACUACCUCGAGAAGACUUUUAAGAAGACUGCAAGUCUUAUAGCAAACAGUUGUAAAGCAGUUUCAAUUCUAGGCUGCCCUGAUCCCAAAGUUCAUGAGAUUGCAUAUCAGUAUGGAAAAAAUGUUGGCAUAGCUUUUCAGCUAAUAGAUGAUGUGCUGGAUUUUACAUCAUGUGCCAACCAUCUGGGGAAACCAACAGCAGCAGAUCUCAAGCUUGGAUUAGCCACAGGCCCUGUCUUGUUUGCUUGUCGACAGUUUCCAGAAAUGAAUGCUAUGAUAAUGAGACGAUUCAGUAAGCCAGGAGAUGUUGAACGUGCUCGGAAAUAUGUGUUGCAGAGUGAUGGUGUGCAGCAAACCACCUACCUCGCCCAGCGCUACUGCCACGAAGCUACAAGAGAGAUCAGUAAGCUACGGCCAUCCCCUGAAAGAGAAGCCCUUAUUCAGCUGACGGAAAUGGUACUCAUGCGAGACAAGUGAGAGAACUCCUUCCCCUCGUUCUGGCAGCUACUUACCAGACUGUGCCUAAAUUUACUUCAAAAGUUACUUGCUUCCAACACAGGCUACCAAAAAUUAUUUUUUUAAAAAACUUUUUUCUUUUUUUUUUUGGACCUUCUACUUUUUUUUUUAAAAAACAAGUUUAAAGUGUUUUAUUGUGGGAAGCCGUACAGUUCAGAGAAAAUCAAGUUGUGCUGUACAAUUGUUUUAGUGGGGGCUAUUAAUUGUGGGGAGUGGGAAAGAUGUUUACAUGUUGAUGCACAAAGGUCACAAUGAGAAUAAAUAUAAAUCAGUGUACGAGACUGAAGUUGCUCCAGAUUUCACUUGUUCACACUAAUA